CUGGCUGUCCUUCGUCACUGAGAACAGAAACUUCAUCAUCCUCCGCGUGUCAUCCUUAAUUUAUCUGCAGAAAAGGCUGACCUACAGCAGCAGAUGAUGACACUGUGUGUGUGGGCUGAGCGGGAGCGUCUUUCCGUCAGCAGACUGACGCUCAGGAAUCCACUCAGGUCAUGAUAGGAGACUAGAAACGGCGAGAACAGAGAGGAAACGGCGUCCUUGUGCUUCCCUCAGAGCGCUCUGGCUUCAGUUUGUUGGAAACCACACCUCCACUGAUGUUUCUCCUCCCCUCCCUUCUGCCUCAGACUCUGGCCAAGGAAUCUCAGGCAGCAUUUAAUUGCAGAGUGGAAAGGCUGGAGUUGGGCUAAUGAGCUCGGCACCGGCGCUGAGGCGGCUCCACGCACUCCCCGAGAAAGAAAAGCACAUGGAGGCGGGCAGCAGAGGAGCCUCGCAGAGCGGCGGGAUUCCAGCUGCCGGGCAGGGACGGACGCCACCGAGCCAGGUACAGCCGGCGCUCUGAGAGCUUUUCCAAGAGAAGAAAAGAGGAGUGCGGGAGAGGGGAGGGGACGAGACGGGAAAUCCAGCGCCGGAGAGAAGGAGAGACUGCAGGAGGACAGACGGAGGGGGGCAUGAAGGAGAGACGAGAAAGAGCAAGAAAAAGUUAGAAGGAAGAAAAAGGAGGUGACUGCGCACGCAGAGAGGGAAGAAGAGGGAAACAACAGACAGGAAGGAAGGGGAGGGAGAAGGGAAAAAAAGAGUUGGAGAAAAGUUUUCUUGUGGGGAGGCGCAGAUGAGGAAACCAGAAGGAGCGAAUGACUGGGCAGGAGGGAGCGAACCGCGGCUUUUCUGAGAGCCUCCCGCCUCCUGGACAUGUACCCGGACGGCUCGCAGACGCUGGGAUACCACCGCUUCCUCCAGCGGGGCCGCCCCCCCUGCAUCCCCUGUGAGCAGCUGUACGACUGUCACGCCGGAUACCCGCCAGCAUCCUGCAGGAGAGACGUCCAGGCCCCGCCGCUCUCUCAGCGCAGCCCACAGAGGAGGCCUGUGUUGGCGGGGGCCGGCCCCUGGAGCCAAACAUGCGUCUGGGAGGUGAGCCCGGCCCUGUGGGGCUGCCCGGCGCCGCCCGCAGGGACACACUGCUCCUCUGUCAGCCAACACUGUGGCUGUGUAGCAGACAGGUACGACGGGGGGCCCGCCCUCCACAGCGGGAUACCACACCCACUCCCCCAUCUUCAGGUCAAAGGUCACAGGUUCAGGCGGCGACGGACCAUCAGAUAUCUGUCCAUGGACGAGGAGGAAGGCUGUGGAUGUUCUUCCGGAAGCUUCCAGGUGGCAAACGGGAACUGUGGAGCGGGGGCCGUGUUCUUCGAGGGAGGGGUGCACAGAGAUAAGCAUCAAGAGCUUGAGAGGCUGGAAGUGGGAUCAAAGGAGGGAUGUGAGGGUUCUCAUGAACGGUUCUUCUCCACGGAGGUCCCUCAGAAGCAUCUGAACCCCAGGAGGAAGGGAACCGGCAACCUUCCCUCGGGGGUCACCUGUUCGGAGACCUCCUCGUCCACCAACGUCUGCCCGCGGCGGCUCUCCGAGGAGACGCGGCAGAGGGGGAGGAAGCCGACGGUCCGGGAUCAGAUCCGGCAAGUGGUGACAGAUCUGGAGGACGUGCUGGGGGGGUUGAAGCAAGUUCACGUGGAGAUGAAAGAGGUGGUGGAGCAGAUAGAUCGUCUCACAGCAGACAUUCACCUGGAGUCGCCGGCCCUCCCCCAGGGACCGUCCAAUCACCUUCACGACUCUGCUUCUGCAGGAGACCUGAGGGUCGCCCUGUUAACCAAUCACAAUCCUCCUUCAGGUCAGGCCCCCAAACCUAACGACGAGGACCGCGUCGUCCUCCGAACAAACGGCCCCUCCCCCGUCCACAUGGCCUCGGUUGUCAAAACCAACAGCUUCGUCCCCCCCAGUCGCAGCAAGGACAUGAGCCAGGAACGGUUCAGUGUGAACGGACACCUCCCUCAUCUGAACCCGAAGCGAGCCCCCAACCACACUGACCCCCCCCAGACCCUUGAGCCAAAGGUCAUCAUCGAGAACGGCCCCACCAACCCCCAAACUCAGAAGCCCCCCCCGUAUCCUCAAAACGGCAGAUGUGGGAGGGGCCCCCACCCUCAGACCCGGCCUGCAAAGCCCCCCACCCACCCUGUCAGAGGACGCCAGAGCACCAGCAUGGUGUAGGGGGGCCUGAGCCGUGAGGCUCCUCCGUGACGGGCAGAGGUGGGCGGGGCUCCAGCGGGGGCCGCCUGGCACAGAUGCCCAGAGAUGAGCUGGAGCAGCUCGGCCUGAAGGGGGGGCAUUUCUGAUCGGACCAGCAUCACCGGGGAGUGCAAGUGUGAAGACAAUCCUGUCAAAGUGAAGCUGGUGACUAAUCCUGAGAGGAGGGGUUAUCCGGUAACCACAAACAGCAACAUAAGCAGAUUUUUUCAUGACAGUGAAGAUUUUUGGAUCCCAAAAAGGACUAUUUUAAUAAUGUAGAUUUAACCAAACCGCGUAGAGUUAUAUUUUUGUACGUAGGAAAGGAAAACUGAGGAGUUCAUUUGUCAAACUCUGUUUUCUGAUUCUCCAGAUGCUCAGCUGAUCCUAAAUGUCCCGGCUUACUCGGUAAAUAAAGAUGUGUGAGCGGCG